GAUUUGGAAUCACGCAUCCUCAAAAGGCCACAAGAGAGCUUGUCCAGUAUCCACUGUUAUUUUGGUUCCAGUUCCCUCUGCUGGCAGUUUCACAAUGAUCACUCUUCCUUGUAGGAAUACCAUCCAAAAAAGCCCAAUUCCACCACCAUGACAAUUCCACUGUCCGUGUGGUUCCCGCGAGUUAUCCUGCUAGCCAUUGUCUGCACAGGCAUCCUAUGGCCAUCAGCAUGGCAGCCGGUGGUUUCAGCCCUCUAUCGCUACCUCUAUACAUGGCCAUUUUUUAACCGAAGCUUCUUUGAGACCGUUGAGACGGUGCUCUGCUACAUCACCAUCGAGCCCAUUUACACCGCGCGAUUCGCGAGGAACCCCUCGCGUCGUAUCGAUGUGAGAGAUGGGGCGAACUCCGGCAAUAAAGCUCGACCGAAGCUCCCAAAGAUGAAGCGGCCGUCUCGUCGACUCCGGGAGCUUCUCAUCUAUGUUUCGCCCUUGUUGCUGCUCGACUUGACCCUGAUCAAAAAGUACGCUGGUGUUGACAUCAACGCCAUCAGGGUGAGUGGCGGUUACCCCCCGGCCUCACCGACAACCCCGGGGCAUAUUAAGACCACCUUUCUCGCACCGACACUGCAUCGCUUCUCCUGGAAGUCGCCGCUACAGUUGGUGCGAGCACUGCCUCACGAGCCGCCGACAAGCCGCCGUGUUCUGCUGGAGCUGGCCGUAUCAUUGUUCAUAUAUGACGCGCUGUUCUUCGUUAUUCACAUUGCCUUUCACCGGAUCCGGGCGCUGCAUCGCAUUCACGGCCCUCACCACGGCCAUUUGGAGAUUCACCCGCAGGUCACCAACCGCUUGUCUGUCGCAGAACGUGUUUCCUUGAUCCUGCUGGCCAAUUUUUCUUUGAAUAUCAUCGGCAGCCAUGUCUUGACGCGCACCCUGUUUGUACCCGUGUUUGUCUACCUGCUGAUCGAGGUGCACUCCGGUGUUGACCUCGACUGGCAGUACGACAAGAUCCUUCCUCAGGGUUGGGGUGCUGGGCCUAGAAAGCAUGCUUUGCACCAUCGGGAAGGCAAACGGUUUUAUCAGCCGUUUUUUUGUUGGUGGGAUAAUUGGCUGGAGUCAUUAGAGGGAGCCCGGAUCGAUUAAUCAGGGAGUGGUGGGCUUGAUCCAAAGUUCAGCUGUUCGUGGCUGAAUUCGAGCAAUAACCCCGUUGGUCUAUGUGUUGAUGAGUGGGUGGCAUCAAAACUGGUUUGAAUAUGCUGCCCUGGUUUUUGUUUAUUUCAAUCUUAAACGGCAUAUCGGUCCUGGGAAGAUUAUGUUGUAAAGGAUAAGAGGAGCGGCAACCUAGCAACCACCAUACCAACAUGCUGGAAGAAAGCAACGAGAAUGUAGUGUGGAGUCAGGAAAAAGGGGGAAGGGCGACAGGACUGGUUACCAUAGAAUUGAAGAAGCCCCAUCAGGCUGGACAGAAAGAUUUUAUUACUAGCAAACACAGCAAGAAAGAUAAUUCAAUUAAAUACUCCGUACUCCGU